ACUUCUCUGGUUACAUGUGUGCAACCAUUUAAAAAAAACAUCCAGGCUGGCUUACUCAGCAGAUUAUAAAAGAGUGAUUUACAAAAUGCGGCUUUCUACCAGAUCAGCCCGUGCCGUUGUAUUUAUGUGACUGAAGGUCUCAGCUGAUCCCUUCUUUUCUUGUGCAGCCAAGAGGUUUGCAGCAGCAGCAACAGCCACGGCCAGUACAAUACUUAAGAAGGUUCCUAAAAGGAUGGCGUCCCUCUUGGAGAUGAAAGAAAUCUUCCGCAAUGCUGAUGCAGUAUGCUUUGAUGUGGACAGUACAGUCAUCAGGGAAGAAGGCAUUGAUGAGCUUGCGAAAUUCUGUGGAGUUGGAGAUGCCGUCGCAGAGAUGACCCGCAGAGCUAUGGGUGGCACUGUGACAUUCAAAGCAGCUUUAACAGCACGACUAGGUCUCAUACGUCCCUCCUAUGAGCAAGUGCAAAAACUAAUAUCUGACAACCCACCUCAGCUAACACCAGGAAUAAGGGAGCUGGUGAGCAGACUUCAUCAACGAGGGGUCCAGGUCUUCUUGGUCUCUGGGGGGUUUCAGAGCAUCGUGGAGCACGUGGCCUUGCAGCUGAACAUUCCAACAGCAAACGUCUUUGCCAACAGGCUGAAGUUUUACUUUAAUGGAGAAUACGCAGGAUUUGAUGAAACACAACCAACAGCUGAAUCAGGGGGAAAAGGAAAGGUUAUUACUCAUCUGAAGGAACAAUUCCACUUUAAGAAAGUAGUUAUGAUUGGAGAUGGAGCUACAGACAUGGAAGCCUGUCCCCCUGCUGACUGCUUCAUUGGAUUUGGAGGAAAUGUAAUCAGAAAGCAAGUGAAGGAGAAAGCUAAAUGGUACAUUACUCACUUUGACGAACUGCUAAAGGAACUGGAAGAACGAUAAAUUAUACAGUAAAAUAAUAUAUUUAACAACUAUAAAUCCAUUAUACAAUGCAAUUAAACAUAUAUUUGUUUGCAAAGUUGUGUUCUGGAUUUUUUAAUGAUUCUGGGUGUUGGGUACCUUCCUCUCUGGCCUGAAAUUUGUGUUGCAAAUGGCACCAUUCUACUCACAUACUUUGUAAUGAAAACGAUAAGAUUUUUUAAACAUCUUUUCCAAGGUAGAAGAUGUCAGUUGAUUAUUCACUCACAAGUGAAGACCAAAGGUAGGAAAUUAUCAGUAAGUUAAAAAUACCUUAAUGGAUUGGCCCCUGGUCAGUACUGCAUAUCUAUUGUUUCAGAAUCAUUGAAGCUAAUACCUCUACUUAUUUUGGGUGGCAAAAGAAGAAUAAGGGGGCCACAAAUGAGAAGUUUGUCUAAUCAAUAAUAAUAAUAAUAAUAAUAGUAAUAAUAAUAAUAAUAAUAACCAAUAAUAUAGUCUAAAAGGUAAACGGUAUGGUAAGUACUUUCCAUUCCGAAGAAUCUCAGAGUUAGGUUAAGCAGUGAAUGGAUAGGUAGGAAACAUUACCAAGUAUCUCUGAUUUCAUUAAAAUAUGGCUA